GGUGGCAAUGGUGGCACUAUUCUAGUCAGCAAUAACGAAAAGAACUACAACCCGACCCGGAAGAAAGCCGGCAGCACGGUGGACAACAAAGCCAGUACUUACAACAUGAACAAGCAGCCCAUGCGACUGAUCGGAGUGCACGGGGGCUGCCCGUGGCGCCCGAACAACUACAAGUACGGACGAGGGAUCCUUGGACUGCACGAGGAGAUAGAGCAGUUUUACGCCCACAUGGUACCGACCCAGACGGAGCAUGCGCUAAGGGUACAGGUGGUCGCCCGGAUAGAGCAAAUCGUGUUGAAUCUCUGGCCAGCGGCCCGGGUGGAGAUGUUCGGAUCGUUCCGCACCGGGCUGUACCUUCCUACUAGUGAUAUUGAUCUGGUCGUAAUCGGACUCUGGGAGAAGCUCCCGCUGCGAACGCUCGAAAACGAACUGAUCAACCGUGGCAUUGCCGAACCGAUGUCGGUGCGCGUCCUCGACAAGGCGUCCGUCCCGAUCGUCAAGCUGACCGACCGGGAAACCCAGGUAAAGGUGGACAUCUCCUUCAACAUGCAGUCCGGGGUGCAGUCGGCCGAGCUGAUCAAGGAUUUCAAGCGAAAAUACCCGGUGCUCGCCAAGUUGGUGCUGGUGCUGAAACAGUUCCUGCUGCAGCGGGAUCUGAACGAGGUGUUCACCGGAGGCAUUUCGUCCUACUCGUUGAUACUGAUGUGUAUCAGCUUCCUGCAGCUGCAUCCGCGGGCCAACCAAAACCAGACGACCAAUUUGGGCGUGCUGUUGUUAGAAUUUCUCGAACUGUACGGUAGAAAGUUCAACUAUAUGAAGACUGGAAUUAGUGUUAAAAAUGGCGGCCGGUAUAUACCCAAAGAAGAACUGCAACGUGAGAUGAUCGAUGGCCACAGGCCUAGUUUAUUGUGCAUCGAGGAUCCACUAACGCCCGGAAAUGACAUCGGACGAUCGUCUUACGGUGCCCUCCAGGUGAAGCAGGCCUUCGAGUACGCGUAUAUCGUGCUGAUGCAGGCCGUCUCCCCGCUGAACAAAUUCCUCAUCGACUGCAACCGGCAGAGCAUCCUCGGGCGGAUAAUACGGGUCACCGACGAGGUGAUCGAGUACCGCAAAUGGAUCAAGGAAACGUUCGAAUCAAGACUGAAAGCGGCGCAAACGAUAGUGCCGACAACGAUACCUAACGACCCGCUGAAUCCGCAUAUUCCACUACACUUACAGCCUCAACAGCCCCCGCAACAGCAACAGCUGCAAGUGCAGCAACACCAGCAGAUAAUCUACACCAACAACAACAGCAACAGUAGGCGGAGAAACAGCCUAUCGAGCGUGGACACCUCCGAGGAGAGUAUGGACAGCGACGUGGAUUCCAAUUCCGCGUCGAGGGACAUCUCGCCGACCAGCAUAAACCGAUCUCCGGAGUUGGUGCAUCAUGAUCACCACACGACGAUGCACCACCAUCCGAAUGGGGGGAACACGGGUGGCGGCGGCGGCGGUGGUCCCGUUGUGGUGCUUACCUCGCUUCCGGCCCACGGGCACGAGUCCGACAACAAUGUGAUCAAUCUAACGUUGAGCCAACAGCAGCAGCAGCAACAGCAUCAGCAACAACAGCAGAUGCUGGAUGGGAUCAACGAGAACCAGAUGAUUAACUAUAAUGUGAACAACCGACGAAGUGCAUCCUCCCCGCAUCAGAUCAUCGGUGGUGGUGGCGGCAAGAACGCUCCCAUGAACAUCUACACCCCCCGGAGUAGUUCGGAAAGGAUGGCGGCCAUGGGAGGCAACGUGGGCAGCCGGCACAGCGGUACAGUAGGUCAGAACAACAACAAUAACAACCAGUCGUCCGGUUUGGUGCGGCACAACAGCAAGCAACGCCGAUCGCAGAUGAGCACCAUGCUGGAGCAAUACCUAAUCCAGCCCAACCAAAACAACAAUAACAACAGCAACAACGCAGCCAACAACAUUAUCAAUCUGACCAAGGACGAUAAUCUGCAUCAGAGCAAUAGCAAGGACCAGAAGCAACAGCAGCAACCGAGUCAGCAAUUGUACAGCUUGAGUAAAAAGUCGUCGGCGCAGAAUGUGAACGCAACGACGACGACCACCUCCUCGUCCAAGCGCAAGAAGACCAUUUCCCCGACGGACAAGAAGGGCGGUCCGAUCGGCGGCGGUGGCUCCGGCAGCGGUGGCAGCAACUCGGGCAGCGGCAUGGAAAGCCGAUGAUAUCACACCCGACAGCAGCAUUGCGCCAGGUACGUGCACUAUUGCUUCUAAGCGUCCCGCCGAGGAGGCGGUUUUUAACGUGGGAUUACGUCUCUGUUUCGACGUAGGACUACGUUUAUACUUUUGUUUUUAGAGAGACACAUUAGGAUUACUAGGAAGUACGCUAGUAGGUUUAACCGCAAGAGAAAGUUUGACCGGAAAAAAAGUAUAGUUGAUUCAACUAUACGAUAUAGUUGUAAACUUUUUGCAUAUAUAGUUACAUAUUAUCAGGUAGGGAGGAAGUUACUAACUUACAGGAAGUAUUCGUUCUCUUGCGUCUUCAUGAUUGGAAUCGUGAUCAUCAUCUCCGUUUAAAUCAAAAUAUUACCUACCAUAUUGUUCAUAUAAUUUUGUCUCUUAUAUGUGUACACAGCUGCCAUUUGUAUAGCGAGAGAGAUAGAAAGAGCGCGCGUUUUUUCAUCGAUUACGAAUAUUAUCUACUACCCGGGAUCUUAUUACUCUAUAUUGUUGGCAAACUCAUAUCUCCAUAAUUUUUGUGCGUGUAGUCACUGCCCCCCUCGACAGACAGAGUAAGGACAAAAUGAAUGCAAAAAAAAUCAAGAACUUAGUCAGACAAAAAAACAUACCAGUUAAGCUAUUAGAGUAAGAGUUAAAGCCUCUAUUUAAGCUCAUAGAAAACGCGCGUGAUAGAACGUGAUUAUCAUUUAGGGAUUACUCAUUCUCGAGAUAAGUAAGCAAAAAAAUCACAACACAGCAACAUAACAGACCGACACAUACCUAUUCAAAAAACGCAAAAAAAAACAACCACAUUUGAAAUUCUAGCCAAAAAAAAAAGAACAAAAUUACACCCUUUCGAACCAAAAAAGGCGACUCCCGCGACGUUCCAACUGUGUCUGUGUGGUUCGGUUUGUCCCACUCCAAUUCCUUGGGAUUGAAUGUGGGAGUCGAUUUUAAUCAGAAAAAAAACAAGAAAAUCUUAAGGUUUUUUAGACACCGUGAGUUGUUUCGUGUGAAGAACCCAAACAAAAGAGACGUACUCUUUCAAUCCAACCUUAAUCGAUGGAAUACCUUAAGAAUCCUAAAGUAUGUAAAAGGUAACGCUGAAGAACAACGGAAGAACUGGAAAGGGAAUUGAAGGAACGCCCUCGUUUUGAUCAGUGCUGUGUCAUAUUUGUCGUCGCGAAGUUUGUAACCGAAGGAAAGGAAUUUAUUUUAAUGGUAACUAUCAAACUCCCAGAGUAGGUAUUAUCGCGGUAGGAGAAAUUAUUAGUAUCAGGAUAGCAGGAUUAGUUCACUAAGUAAAAGGAAGAGCCAUUUAUGGAAGGGGACGUUCGUAGUGCACGAGAACGUCCGAAAAAUUGUGGAAUAAAAUUAUUGAGCAGGUUUUAGAUGACACAAAAUACCGUUUAAACAUCUUUGAAUACUCUCUACAAUUAGAGUAAAAGAGUGAGAAGAUUUUCUCAAUUAUUUCCCGUAAAAAACCAUAUAGACCAUCAUGAAAUAGGGUCACUUUGGGUAUUUUCGCCAGCUUUGUUCUAUUCGUCAUGAGGGGUUUUUGACGGCAAAAAUGCCUGAAACAUGACCGUGUACUUCAAUGUGAUAGAGAAAUGUUUGAAGCCAAGGUUCAACAAGUUUCAGAAAACUGUUCUUCCAUACAGAGAAAAAUCUACGUCAAUGAUAUAAAUAGACGUUUAUAUAAAAUAUAAAGUCUUCUUAGGGUCUGUUCCAAUUGGAGAAUUAAAAUUAAUAUUCACUUAAACUUGACAGUUCGAUAAUUAUUUCCUUAGGAGAACUGUCAAGUUUAAGUAAAAAAUAAUUUUAAUUCGCCAAUUGGAACAGACCCUUAGUCAGAUCUAGUCUUCUCGCUAUAACUUGAUUCAUCCUAAUUACCUAGUGCAAUAAUAUGGGACAGCUCUGCCUUGACUUGUUUAAGAAAUUAAAAAAAAUCGACUUGAAUGUGAUAAGUCACCGAAAAACGAAGACCUAUCUCUUUCGAGUCAACUUUUCUCCUCACUUCGCACAAGACAGAGCUGCCUCCCAUCUCUUCACCGGAAUGAUAACCCGAGCAGGGAAUGAGAACUAAUUGAAAACAAAUUGAGUUAUUUAGAUAUCACGAAUUUUGAUAACAAAGUGAGUUUUCAUUUUGUAUGACUUAAGUGUUAACAUAAC